UAAACUAUCAACUUCCGGUGUCCUGGCGGCGCCACUGAAGACGGUCAGAGCUCUCUGGUAGGAGGAAGUCUGUGCUCCGGUUCUUCACGGAGGGAGGAUCCUGAAGAAGAAUGGCCAGCUCUGGUUCUCAAGACACGGCCUGUGGCGCAGUGACAUUUGGGGAUGUGGCUGUUGACUUCUCUGAGGAGGAAUGGGCCUGCCUGGAUUCUGCUCAGAGGGCCUUCUACAGGGACCUGAUGUUGGAGACCUACAGCAACCUGGUCACAGUGGUGGGAAGUCCCAUUUCCAAACCACAUCUGAUCACCUUAUUAGAGCAGGAGAGAGAGCCCUGGAUGGUGGUGAAGGAAGAAACAGACAGGCCCAGCCCAGAAUCGGAGUCAUGUUAUGAAGCUGAAAAUAUAUCUCCAGAAAAUCAUAUGUAUAGUAUAGAUUUACCCAAACAGACCAUAAAGCAAUUAAGUAAAACUUUUUAUCUCCAUGGCUCCAGUUUUAGUAAUGGCCCCAACUCUAGUACAUUCAAGGAACUACAGAGUUGUCAAGGAGAUGCUGAUCAAAAGAUUAGUAACAAGGAAAAAAUGCCUACUUCCACCUGCAAAGCUCUGACUCACAACACAGAAAAGGUGUAUGAAUGUAAAGAAUGUGGGAAGUGCUUUCGUUGUAGUUCAAACCUUAUUCAGCAUCAGACUAUUCACACUGGUGUGAAGCCCUAUGAAUGUCAGGAAUGUGGGAAAGCCUUCCGACUCCACCAACAACUUACAAGACAUCAGAAAUCGCACAGUGGUGAGAGACCUUUUGAAUGUGAGGAGUGUGGAAAGACCUUUCAUCUUCCCAAUCUGCUUAAAUACCAUAAAACCAUUCAUUCAGGUACCAAGCCAUUUGCUUGUGAGGAAUGUGGGAAGUCCUUCAACCGAGUCUCUACUCUUUUUCAACAUAGGAUCAUUCAUGCUGGUGUGAGACCCUAUGAAUGUAGCGAGUGUGGGAAAGCCUUUAAUCGGCGCUCGAACCUCAUGCAGCAUCAGAAAAUUCAUUCUGGAGAGAGACCCUUUCAGUGCAAGCAUUGUGGGAAGGCCUUCACUGUUCUGGCACAGCUCACUCGGCACCAGAACAUUCAUACUGGAGAGAAGUCUUUUGAGUGUGAGCAGUGUGGGAAGAUUUUCAGUAGUGGCUCGUACCUUGCACGACACCAGAGUAUUCAUACUAGUGAGAAACCCUUUGAGUGUAAUGUGUGUGGGAAGGCUUUUCGGCUUCACCUGUAUCUUUCUGAACACAUGAAAACUCACACUGAUGAGAAACCUUUCAAGUGUAAGCUGUGUGGGUCAGCCUUCAGACGUAAGUACCAGCUCAGUGAACAUCAGAGAAUCCAUACUGACGUGAAACCCUAUCAGUGCAAGGAAUGUGGGAAAAACUUCCGUCGACGUUCGAAUUUUACUGAACAUCAGAGUAUCCACACUGGAAAGAAACCGUUUGAAUGCAAAGAAUGUGGGAAAGUCUUCAGACUCAAUAUCCAUCUCAUUCGCCAUCAGAGAUUUCACAGUGGUGAGAGGCCUUUUGAAUGUAAAGAGUGUGGAAAGGCUUUUCAUUUUUCCAGCCAGCUUAAUUACCAUAAAACCAUUCAUACAGGCCAAACACCUUUUGAAUGUGAGGAAUGUGGGAAGUCCUUCAAGAGAGCCUCCAGCCUUGUUGAACAUAGGAUCAUUCAUGCUGGUGUGAAGCCCUAUGAAUGUAACGAGUGUGGGAAAGCCUUUAAUCGGCGCUCAAACCUCAUGCAGCAUCAGAAAAUUCACUCUGGAGAGAGACCCUUUCAGUGUAAGGAGUGUGGGAAGGCCUUCACUGUUCUGGCACAGCUCACUCGGCACCAGAGCAUUCAUACUGGGGAGAAGUCUUUUGAGUGUGAGCAGUGUGGGUCAGCUUUCAGACUUCAGUACCAACUUACUCAGCAUCAGAGAAUUCAUACUGAUGUUAAACCCUUUCAGUGCAAGGUGUGUGGGAAAGGCUUUAUUCGUGGUACAGGCCUUCGAAUUCACGAGAGAAUCCACACUGGUGAGAAGCCCUUUCAAUGUAAGGAAUGUGGGGAGGCCUUUCAAUAUCAUUACCAAUUUCUUGGGCAUUUUAGAAUUCACACUGGCAAGAAUCCUUAUGAAUGUACACAAUGUGGGGAGUACUUUACUCGAGGUGCAGAUCUUAAAGUACAUCAAAGAAUUCACACUGAUGAGAAGAAACCUUACCAAUGUUAAGAAUGUUCGAAGCCCGUUAGUCGAAAGUCAAGCUUGGUUUGACAUGCUUAUAUUCAUAUUGAUAAGCCUUAGGAUGUAAGGAUUGUGUAAAGACCUUCAGGAAUUCUAAGAUAGCCUUAUAUUACAGAAUUCAUUACAGUGAGAAACCCUAUGAAUGUAAGAAUUGGAGAAAAUGUUUAUAUUUUUUUUCAGCCUUUAUUGCACAGUGGAGAAUUCAUACUGGUAUGGAACUUAUCUGUGUGAAGAAUGUGGAAAGACCUUCAAUUCGAGCUCAGGCCUUCUUCAAUCUAAAAGAAUCCAUGCUGGUGUGAAACCCUACCAAUGCAAGGAUAAAUGUAGGAACAUUAUGGAAUUAGCUCCUAAACCUCUUCAGAGAGGUCUGAAACCCUGUGAAUGUAAAGAAUGUGGGAAAGCCUUUAUUGUAAAUGAUGAGCCUGUACAACCUCAGAAAAUCCUCCUCCUCAGGAGUCCUGUGCAUGUAAGGAAGGCAAGCACAUCUUUGUGUGGACAUUUUACUGAACAUCAGAGGAUUCCUUGGCACGAUUGUGAUGGAAAAGCAUGUGGGAAGAAGUAUAAUUUGCCCUAGGAUUUGGUCAACAUCAGAGCGUUCAUAUACUCUCGAUGCUGAGAGACCCUUAGAGGAUGAGAACGUGGGAAAGCUGUUGUUCAGAGGUGACACUCUGUUGAGAUGUUUUUGAAUGUCAGAAGUGUAAGACGGCCAUCAUGCUCUUGAUUCACUCUCAUCUUGUUAAUUCUAUAAAUUUAAUUCAAGCAGUGCUCAACCAACAUAGGGAGAGCAGUUAUUGCAACUAGGGUUAUGAAUAUCCCAUGGCUCCUGUGAUAUUAGGUGCAAUGUUUACUUUCUAUCUAAUUUGUUAAUGACAAUCACAGUACUAGACAAAGUUGUGGAAACAGUACAACAGAUAUAAAACCCUUGAAAGAAUAUUUGGCUUAUGCCCAUGUUCUGUAAAGUGGCUUUUACAGUGUUCUUGCUUUUAUUGCCAUUCCUGUAACUGAUAGGAAAUCGAAUUGUAUUGCAGGUGGUUUAGAGAAGCCUCAUGCAUUCCCAUCCUAUACCAUUCAAUUUUAAGUAUCUUCAUUCUGGGAAAAAAGAUCUGAUGGAAAUGUGUAUGAAAGGAUUUUUAUUGAGAAUCCAUUCCUUAAGUAUUUGUGUAGAAAAUUAAAAACAUAGCUGUUAAUGAAAAAGUACUUUCAAAGGGGGUUCAAUACUUAAAAUUUCAAAGGGUAAAACUAUAAUUUAUGUUCUCUGUGCAUCGUUAAGAUAAAUAUACAUUUGUGACAUGGCAGGAUAGUACAGGGUCUCCUCUAUUGCAUAGUCUUGCUGAAGCCAUUUUAGGGGUGAGUAUAAUUUGACUUCUGAUGGAGAAUCUCAUGGAAAAUUACUGAACUCUGAUGUCAGAACUAGAGGUCAAGAUUCCCCAGUUAAUUUAUCUUGGCUUCUGUCAAACUGCCUGCCUGUGCAAACUUCCCUCUGCAGCUAACUGCUUAUUUUGGCUUCUGUUAAACUGCCUGCUUGGGCAAAACCUCUCCCUGCAUCUGCUGAACAAGAUAGCAGGAUUUUUUUUUAAGCUCCCUCCUCUAGACACUUGAGGCUACACUUGGGUCCCCACUACCAGACUCUAGUCCCAGCUGGCUGGAAUAAAGACUUUCAGUUGGCUGUA